UCGCAGGUGUACAGAUGCUCUCCGUCCAGCCGGACGCCAAGCCCAAGGGCUGCGCCGGCUGCAGCCGGAAGAUCAAGGACCGCUACCUGUUGAAAGCCCUGGACAAGUACUGGCAUGAAGACUGCCUGAAGUGUGCCUGCUGUGACUGCCGGCUAGGAGAGGUGGGCUCCACGCUUUACACCAAAGCUAACCUCAUUCUGUGCCGGCGCGACUACCUACGGUUGUUCGGGGUCACAGGGAACUGCGCAGCCUGCAGCAAACUGAUCCCUGCCUUUGAGAUGGUCAUGAGGGCCAAGGACAAUGUCUACCACUUGGACUGCUUUGCCUGCCAGCUCUGCAAUCAGAGGUUCUGUGUGGGAGACAAAUUCUUUCUGAAGAACAACAUGAUCCUGUGCCAAACUGACUAUGAGGAGGGCCUGAUAAAGGAAGGCUAUGCGCCGCAGGUUCGCUGAGAUCCGCAAGAGGAAGAGAGCGAGAGGACCUGCGAUCGGCAGCAGACGCACCUCUCUACUUGUACAUAACGCCCUCGGAGGGUCUGCUGUGUAGGAUAGCCAUAGAACAAUUCCGGUGGACGGCCUUGCGACGGCACGCUGCACCCCAGGUCAUUUGAGGCUCCCAUUGUUCUUUUUGCCAUAUCGGGGUGCUGUUGGGCUCCCUCAGACGCUGUAGUCCAGGGGGAAGGAAGAAAAAAGAAGAAAAAAACUACCUGCUGGAUUGAAGGACUGGAGCAACUUCAGUCUCAGGUUGAAUGUGGCUUUUUUGGAGAUGGAUCAUGACUGUUUGCAACACCGUUUGCUCCCUGUUAGAGACGUGAACGACUGGACCGCUUUUUGACCACGACGCGAUUCACCGACCUUUAAUGAAACCCACUGAUCGCGUGAAAAGGGGGUCUCCCUUUCCUGUGGGCCCCCAACACCGUUACACGUCCAUCCCAGCAGUGAAUGCGCACAGAAUGGGCUUCUGUUUUUUACUACUCCGUCUCUGUUCAAUUAUUGUAAGAUGGCAAAAUUAAGCUACUUGAUUCUAAUAAAGGCAAACUCGAAUC